CCGCGGGAAAGAACCGCGGGAAUCCGCCUUUCCUAUACCCGCCUCGCGCUCGGGCAUGGCAGCUCAGAAGUUGAGCCUUUUGAUCCUCAGGGGCAGAGAGCAACAACUAUGGAGGAACAGAGGCUGGUGGUACCCAAAGAAGAAGAAGAGGGGACUGAGAAUGGGGGAAGAGAUCCUCUGAUUGUCCAAGUGAGAACCCUUGGGGACUUUUUGACCCAGCAUGGGACAUCCCACCUUAAGCCUGAGUCAAAGGAUGAAAUGCACCAAUGCUGGGACUCUCAAUGGCAAGAAUUCCUGAAAAGUGUGGCCGGGCUUCCCAUAGCACCAUCUCCCUUGGAGGAAAACGCCGCAGACUCCCAGGCGUCCUUGGGAAGAGACAAAGAGCAUCCACAGGAGGAGAGUUCUGGGGAAGCCAGAGAGAAGUCGGUGCUCCAGAGGGAUCCAAGCAUGGAUCAGAGAGCCUGGAUGGGCAGGGAAAAGCUGGAUUCCUCCAUAAAGGUGAAGGUGGAAGAGAUUCAGGAGGAAGUCAAUCUGGAGAGCCAGGCGCUUCUGUCCCUCAGGCAAUUCAGCUCCCAGGAUGCUGAGGAGCACCAGGAGAUGUCUUCAAACAGAAAGAACCCCGGCUCAACUGAAGCAAGUAGCAAGAGACAUAGGAAAGUCAUUGAUCUCAAUUUGAAGAUGAAGAUCAUCAAAGCGUAUGAAGCCGGGAAGAAGAUAAAUAAAAUAGCGAAAGAAGAAGGUCUGGCUCAUUCCACUAUCUCCGCUACUGUGAAGGAUAGGGAAAGGAUCAAAGAGACAUUGAAAGGAGCAGCGGGAAUGAACACGAGUAUAACCAGACAGCGAAAAGGCCUCAUCCACAAAAUGGAACCACUCCUUAUGCUUUGGAUCAAAGAUCGGAUACAAAAGAGGCUGCCGAUGAGCCUUCCAUUCAUUCAGACUAAGGCGCGCAGCAUUUUCACAACGCUGAAGGAACGAGCAGAUGAGGAAUGCGCCGAAACAUUCACUGCCAGCCAUGGCUGGUUUAUGCGGUUUCAGCAGAGAUUUCCUUACCAGAUAUUACCAUCAGGUGAAGCUUCAUGGGCUGACAAAGAAGCUGCCAAACGUUUUCUGGAUGAACUUGAUGACGUUGUAGCAGAAGGGAACUACUUCGCUGAGCAGAUAUUCAGAGUGGAUGAAACUGUGUUAUAUUGGAAAAGAAUACUGGGGCAGACCUAUAUACACAAAGAGGCUCAAGCAAUGCCUGGUUGUAAAGCAUUUAAGGAUAGAGUAACUUUGGUAUUGGGCGGAAAUGUUGCCGGAUUCAAGCUGAAGCCAUUUGUGAUCUUCAAAUCAGAUCAUGCCGGAAUAGUUCAAAAUAUAAACAAGGACACACUGCCUGUUUAUUACCGAUUUGAUAGCGAGACCUGGAUGACAUACAUCCUGUUUGAGGAUUGGUUUACGAAUUGUUUCAUACCUCAGGUAAAGGAAUAUUGUGGACAAAAGGGGAUUCCUUUUAAAAUUCUCCUGCUCCUGGACAAAGCCCCUGGAUAUCCCCUGCAUCUCGACAGUCUCCAUUCUGAUGUAAAGGUAGUUUGUCUACCCCCAAGCAUCACCACUCUCCUACAGCCAAUGUGCCAGAGAGCCCUCUUGGUAUUCAAGGCAUGCUAUUUGCAUGCAGUAUUUGCCAAAGCCUUAGCCGCAAUGGAAGAUGACAAAGUAACAUUGCCCAAAUUUUGGGAAAGCUAUAAUAUCCUGCACUGUAUCGAAAACAUUGUAGCAGCAUGGGAAGAUUUUAGUGUGAAAAGCAUGCAAGGGUUUUGGGAAAAGUGCUUAAACCGUUAUACUGCUUUUGCAAAUAAUUUUGAAGGAUUUAACCACAAACAAAAUUUGGAUGAAAUAAAUAAGAAAAUUUUGACGCUCACAAAAUCCCUUGGUUUAGAGUUUGAGGCUGAAGAUGUGAAAAAUUUGAUAGCUUACACCGAGGGAGAGCUUCCCAACGAAGAUUUAAUUGAACUGAAAAAAGAAUUGGAAGCACAGAAGGUUAAGGAAGAAGUAGCAGAAAAAGAAAGAAGAAAAGAAGAAAAAGUUGUAGAAGUUGAAUUGAAGACAUUCAAUGAGAAAGGAAUAAAACCCACGGACAAUCCUCAGCCAUCAACCAGCUAUGCCAGCAGAUCCGAUGUUCCUGAAAACUCAGAAAACCAUGAAUCUUUCAAAGGACAUAUGUCCAAUUUGAUGUUUACAGACAAGAUGAGUGCAAAAAGAAAGAGUUAUUCCGUCGAGUUCAAGAAAGCCAUCGUGGAGGACUCUCGGGGCAAGAAUCUAACAGCUUUCUGCAAGGAGAAGGUGCUGGAUGUCCGAAUGGUCCGAAAAUGGCGAGCAGAGUACAAGAACCUCAGCCAGCAGGUGGACAAGGGAAACGCUAAGAAGCGCAAGUGUGGAUCCGGUCGGCAGCCGUUAUUUCCCGAACUGGAGGGCAACAUCUGUGAAUGGAUUGCUGACAGGAGAGCAAAGGCUUUGGUUGUGCGCAGGGCUGACAUUCAAGCAUUUGCCCUUGCAAUGGCACCACAGUUAGAGAUAUCCCCAGAAUUCAAAGCAUCACAGCACUGGCUGGAUGACUUCCUUCAUCGGUAUAAACUGUCCCUUAAGAAGAUCAAUAACAUUGUUGAAGCUGAACAUUAA